AAACUGCGAUCAAUCAGCGGCCGAUUCGCGUCUGUGUGGUUCCGUGCGCUCGCAUCCAGUCCGUCGCGAUCCUUUCAGACCCCCGGCAGCGAUCAGGAGGAGUGUGAUAGCUGCUAAAGUCGGAGGGUUUUUUUUUUUACCGGAGCCGGCUCGGAUCAGCGCGGGCUCGGUUCGGUUCGGGUCUGUAGGAAGUGAUGCGGGGGGAUUGUCAACUAUGAUCGUAUAUUGACCCAAAGAGCACCAGAAGCGCACGCAGAGAAGCUCUUCUCCAGCUUACACAAACAGAUUUCAGAACCGAUCCGGUUCGGCUGGAGGGUGGGAUUAGCUUUAGCUUUAGCACGACAGCAGAGAUGCGCUGAUUCCGACCCGUUUCCUCAUCUUUCCACAGGCUAGCGGAUGUUCCCGCCGUCUCCAUGGAGUUUCCUCAGAUGACACGUCGGUUCAGCGCUCGGGGAUUUGGGGCAUGGUGACUGCUGACCGUCAGCCAGAGCAGCGGCGUCUAGCAGGGGCCGUCUGGACCUGAGGGGAAGACCUCCGAGAGAGGACGCGGACGGGACCAGCGAUACGGCAACGAGAGCGAGAGAGACAUGGGGCAGUGCGUGACUAAAUGUAAAAACCCCACAUCCUCUCUGGGCAGUAAAAGCGGCGAAAAGGAUGCUGGGAAAUCGCACGGGAAAAAAGGCGGCGGCGGCGGCGGAGGAACGGGCGGAGCACACAAGGAGGAAGUGGCCAAGUCCUCCGCCGACGUCAUAUUCAACGGCACCAAAGUGUCCGAGGUGACGGUGGAGGGCAGCACGGCCCCGGCGGUCUCGGCGGACGUGCGGCGGGAGCAUAGCGCGCAGGACGGGGAGGGACUGUCGCUCGCCCGCAUCGACGAGCUGUUCUCGUCUUACAAGGACGAGCACGAGGACGCCAUCCUGGAGGAGGGGAUGGAGCGCUUCUGCAACGACCUGUGCGUCGACCCGGCCGAGUUCAGAGUGCUGGUGCUGGCGUGGAGGUUCCAGGCUGCUACCAUGUGCAAGUUUACAAGGAGGGAGUUUGUGGACGGCUGUAAGGCGAUCCAGGCCGACAGUAUCCCGGGGAUCUGCUCUCGGUUCUCCGUGCUGCUAGAGGAGUCCCGUGGAGAAGAGAGUUUCAAAGAUCUGUACCGCUUCACCUUCCAGUUCGGGCUGGACGCCGAGCAGGGCCAGCGCUCGCUGCAGCGCUCCAUCGCCAUCGCUCUGUGGCGGCUCGUCUUCACGCUGGACACGCCGCCGCUGCUGGAGCACUGGCUGGACUUCCUGUCGGAGAAUCCGUGCGGCGUGCGUGGCAUCUCGCGCGACACCUGGAACAUGUUUCUGAACUUCACGCAGAGCAUCGGCCAGGACCUCAGCAACUACAGCGAGGACGAGGCCUGGCCCAGCCUGUUCGACUCCUUCGUGGAGUGGGAGACGGAAAGGCGGCGGAGGGAACAGUCGGACGCCUCCGCCGAGACGGACUGCGAGCGGCCGGGGUCUUGAGGGCGGAGCCUCUGGGAUGGCGGUGAAUCCUGGACGAUGACGCGCGCCGGUGUUUCUGAGCCCGUCACUCUCCAUCCCGAUUUCUGACUCCCAUAUGAUUAUCGUUAUGAAAUGUUCCCGGUCUUACCGCGUCGGGCGCCCCGGUGCGCUCUCGGACUUUUUGUUUUAACGAAAGGGCUCUAAACUAAUUUGUUUUUUUUAA